AUGUGCACCAUUAAAGUCCUCAGCCUCCUGGCCGCUACCACCAGCUUCUUCACCACAAUUUCUGCCGUCAGCGAGACGACCAACCCCUUCCAAUUACCCGGCACGGGCGACGUGCGCUCGCCCUGUCCAGGCCUCAACGCCCUCGCCAACCACGGCCUCCUCCCCCGCAACGGCAAGGGCAUCGACCUCGCGAUCCUGUCUGCGGGCACGCUAGCCGGCUUCAACCUGGGCCAAGACGCCGCCACCCUUGUCGGAACGCAAGCCCUGGCGUCGUCGGCAACGGGCAACGCCUCCACUUUCGACCUCGAUAAUCUCAACGAGCACGACCCGCAAGUCAUCGAACAUGACGGCAGCAUGAGCCGUACCGACUCCUUCUGGGGUGAUAACCACUCCUUUAACCAGGAGGCAUGGGAUCGUACCCUAUCUACGUGGGGCGACAACGAGACCAUCACCUUCGCGGUCGCGGCCGCUGAGCGCACGGCGCGGUUUGUUUUCGGCGCUGCGGCGAACCCUGAGUUCAAUGCCACUUUCGCCAACAGCGGGUCUCUGCUUGAGUACUCGUUGAUGCUGUCUGCCUUUGGCGACCCGGUCGAAGGGAAUGCCAAUAAGACUCUGGCGGUGUUCAUGAUGGAGAACGAGAGGUUGCCUUUUAGCUUGGGGUGGACUCCUCCCACGACGCAGAUCACGGUUUCUACAGCCCAAGCUAUGGCGGCGAAGAUUGCGGCGUUGUUGUGAGGGAAUACAGGAAAGAAAAGAAAUAGAAGGAAAAAGGAAACAAGCGUAUGGGCCACAAUGUUUAACGAUUUAUGGUCUAUAGCAUUAGACUACAAUGAAUUAUGUUUAUAUCCAG